CCUGCAACCGACUUCACAAUUUUCACCAUGAAACCAAACAUGACUAACACAACACAAGCUCUUUGUAAACUCCCAGCUAAUGAGGUUUUCAUAUUUGCAUAUUCACUGCUGUUUUUCAUCAGCAUGGUGCUGAACUGCAUCAUGAUGCGGGUGUAUUUCUGUUCAAAUCCAAACAUUCAGUCCAGUGUCACAGUCUACAUGAAGAACCUGGUCGCAGCGGACUUCUUCCUAUGCCUUAGUUUACCUUUGCGCAUUGCUGCUUAUGCCAAUAAUUCAAGUAUAAUGAACAAUAUUCACUGCAGCUUUGGAGCAACAGCAUUCUUUUUAAACAUAUAUGCAAGCAUUAUCUUCAUGGACUUUAUUGCUGCAAACAGGUACCUAAAGAUUGUCCGGCCAAUGGAGACUCAUGCUCUGCAGAUGAUUCAUACUGCCCGGUACAUUUCUGUGGCAACUUGGCUGUGCUUGUUAGCCUUGUCUUCCAUCUACUUAAUCCUUUUUCUACAGAACUUCCAGGGUCAAAUUCCUGAUGCGUUUACUUGUGAAUCCAGCCAAUAUUUACCACUCAGUGUGACCUACAAAAGUAUCCACUGUAUGACCUUUGUGAGCUUCAUUUUUGUCCUGGUAUCUCUGCUUCUGCUGUACUGGAAGACUCAUCAAAAGCUCAGAGAAGUUCAGUUCUCUUCACAGGUCAGUUUCAGAAGCGAAACAUUCAAAACGUCUAAACACAACAUGCUAGUGCUGGUGGUCAUUUUCUGUGUGUGCUUUGUUCCCUAUCAACUGGUGAAACUGCCAUACAUAUUUAUCAAACCCCUGCUGCAUGAUUGUACAUCAGUCCAUACAUACUACAUCUUGAAGGAGAUCACCAUCCUACUCACAGCACUAAAUGCCUCUUUGGAUCCACUUAUUUACUUUUUCUUUUGCAAGACCUUCAGAUCCCAGUUUAAUUUUAGAGGUCGUCAACCUGUUAAUGAAUAA